AAGACAUGUUAGCAAGAGCUUCGGAAUGUAUCACAAAUAUCUACUGCCUAGUACCGAUCCCGAGAACAUCAUGGCGGCUAACUGCUGUUCUCGUGUUCUAAGCCUCGGCUAGCCAUGCCUGGAGCGAGCUAGCCCUAUUUGGGGAAAAGUCGUCUCUCUGCGUGACUUCUUCCAUCAUCGGCUCCGCGCAUCCGGAUCGAGGGGUGACAACCCCGCCAAAUCCGCCCUGCAUGAGGUGAAUGUAUCUGCCUUUUGCGAUGACAUAGCCUGAAUGGAGCACAAUGCCCCGAUGGUAAUCUACUAAUCGAUGGAGCUGUACAGAUGAGGUAGGGGCUACAACAUGGCGGACGCACUCCAGCAAGGCAACUCUGAAGCGCCGCCGGCGAACCAGCAGCGAGUCUCGCAAGCGAUCGUCUUCGGCGCUUCUGGUAUCAGCGGCUAUGCCUUGAUGAAAGAGCUCACCCGUUACCCUACCCCGACAACCUUCUCCCGCAUCAUCGGCCUCACGCAUCGCCCGCUCAAGAAAGAGAUCUCCCUCCUCCCCGAAGAUGAGCGCUUGGAGCUGUACAGCGACCUCGACCUGCUGGACCGCAACAAAACCCUGCUGCAGAUGCAGCAUAUUCCCGGCGUCGAACAUACGACGCACGUCUACUUCGCCGCGUACUCGGGCCAUGGGAGUAGCUACGAAGAGCUCAAGUGGACCAAUGCCGAGCUGUUGACGAAUGCGGUCGGCACGUGUGAGAUUGUUUGUCCGCUGAUGCAGUUUUUCACACUGCAGACGGGUGGGAAGGCAUACGGCGUCGAAUUCUCGGACAAGGUGCCCUACAACCCACCCCUCUCCGAAUCCCUCCCGCGCAUCCCCGAACCGUACGCCUCCAACAUCUUCUACUACGAGCAAUACGACAUCAUGACGCGCGCCUCGGCGGGCAAGCCAUGGACCUUCUGCGAGAUCCGCCCGGAUGCUAUCGUCGGCUUCGUGCCGCAGAACAACGCCAUGAACAUCGCGCAAGCUCUGGGUCUGUUUCUCAGUCUGUGGAAGGACGUCAAUGGCGAGGGGUCGGAGGUGGUGUUCCCGGGUAACGAGAAAGCGUGGGAAGCGUUGCAUACGGAUACGAGUCAGGACAUCUUGGCGCGGUUCCACAUCUUUGCCAGCUUGAAGCCGGAGAUGACGAGCGAGAAGACUUUUAACGUUGUCGACGGUCCCGCGACGCAUUGGAAGGAAGUCUGGCCGCAGGUGUGCGCGUACUUUGGUCUGCGAGGCGUUGCGCCGCAGUCUGGGGACCGGGAGCCUUUCAGCGCGCAGAGGUGGAUGGAGGAGCAGCACGGCAACUGGGCGAAGUGGGUGCAGAAGUAUGGGUUGAAGGAGGGGGCGUUGGAGGGGACGACGUGGAAGUUUAUGCAGGAUGUCAUUGGGAUUCCGUUCAGGCGGGAUUACGAUGCGAGUGCGAGUCGCAGUAUUGGGUUUACGGAGGAGCGGCCACAUGCGGAGGGGUACCUCAUGGUGUUUGAGGAGAUGAGGAGGGCGAGGAUUAUCCCGUAGUCAGAUACUAUUCGUACGGCACACGGUGCGACAGUACCAUCACGUCGUGCGAAAGCGGCAGGCCGACGGCGAGGCUCGCA